AGGUUGUUGCACCGCUCUCUAGGUCCUUCUCCGCUCUCUAGGUCCUUCUCUCCCCGACUAUCUCGCCCUAAACUAUUUUCGCCUGGACUCGCAAAGACAGACGGGCGGACAUACUGUAGCGAGGGGGACGGAUCCGGGUUCACCAUGUUGACUUUGUUGACAGCGAUGUACAUAGUGGUGCGGGCGGCAUCGUCGGAGGCCGACCCAAUCCGUGUGCUGGUGACUGGCGCUGCUGGACAGAUCGCCUACUCCCUGCUGUACAGCAUCGCCAAGGGAGAUGUCUUCGGCAAGGACCAGCCCAUCAUCUUGGUCCUGUUGGACAUCCCUCCCAUGUUGCCGGUUCUGGAUGGGGUUGUGAUGGAGCUGCAGGACUGUGCUCUCCCACUCCUGAGGGAGGUCAUCCCCACCGACAAGGUGGAGCUGGGCUUCAAAGAUCUGGACGCCGCCAUCUUGGUGGGCUCUAUGCCCAGGAAGGAGGGCAUGGAGAGGAAGGACCUCCUGAAGGCCAACGUGGCCAUCUUUAAGACCCAGGGAGCCGCCCUGGAGAAGUACGCCAAGAAGUCCGUCAGGGUCUUGGUGGUGGGAAACCCUGCUAACACCAACUGUCUGAUUGCCUCCAAGUCCGCCCCCUCCAUCCCCAAGGAGAACUUCUCCUGCCUGACCCGUCUAGACCACAACAGGGCUCGUUCCCAGGUGGCGAUGCGUUGCGGCGUGCCCGCCGAUGCAGUCAAGAACGUCAUCAUCUGGGGCAACCACUCAUCCACCCAGUACCCCGACGUGCACCACGCCAUGGUCAACGUGCAUGGCAAAGAGGUGGAGGCGUACAACGCCGUGAAGGACGACAGCUGGCUCAAGGGAGACUUCAUCUCUACGGUGCAACUGCGUGGUGCUGCCGUCAUCAAGGCCAGGAAGCUCUCCAGUGCCAUGUCUGCCGCCAAGGCCAUCUGUGACCACAUGAGGGACUGGUGGUUCGGCACUCUCGAUGGUGAGUUCAUGUCUAUGGGUGUUUACGCUGGUGGAAACUCCUACGGAAUCCCCGAAGACCUCAUUUACUCAUUCCCUGUUCAUAUCAAGAACAAGUCGUGGAAUAUCCAUGACGGUCUGCCUAUCAACGACUUCUCCCGCGCCAAGAUGGACGCCACAGCCGCCGAGCUGGUGGAGGAGAGAGACACGGCCCUGUCCUUCCUGAGCCAGUGACUCGCAGUGCCACUUACUGACACACCGCCACAACAGCAGCACUUAGAAGACCCCCAGAACCCUCCUGACUCACGUCUGUGACCAAUAGACCCACUCGAGUCCCCUGCGCAAUUGGUGUGUGUGUGUACCUCUCUGUAUGUAUGUGUGUGUGUAAGGUCACGGUUAUUAAUAAUAAACCUGUAAUAAAGAAAUGCUAUCUAAACGUUGGCCUUUGUCGGAAGACACUGGAGGAUUGUCCUUUGGGUAGAUGGUAACACACAAUAGUUCUACUGUACUUGUACGUGUUAUCUAACAAUAAAAACAGAUACAACUGAAGACCCA